UCGUCGAAUUCAGUGAUUCAGUUCAAACGAAACGACCCAAUAUUAAACAGAAAUUUUUCAGUUGCACAAUAGGAAACGUAUUCUGGAAAUAACUCUGUGUAUUUUGCCAUUAGCAAGUAUAAUUAAUUUGUUUAGUAGUGAAGUGACUGACGGUACAAAGAAACAGAGACACGCAAGCAAUUUAACUUGCUUGAAAGCAACCUGUUUUAACGCGGAAAACGACCGUAGUGCAAAAAUGGCGAAGGAGGUGAAAGUGAAUUGCGCAUCGGUCGCUAUAUUUGCAAUUUUAUUGCUUACCCAAAAUUUAGGGUGUAGUGAAGCAAAGCGCGUUUUGAGCAGCAAUCGGAAAUCUAAUAGUGGACGUACCCCUAGUAGUGGACAUGUGACCAAGAGCUAUCCGACACAAAGCAGUGCCGGUAACUCACACUCGGAUCUUGCCAAGUUGAGCUAUUCAGGAUACAAUUCGGCACCAAAUCGCCCAGCGUCGGCUGCGGGAAGUGGUGCAACCAAUACUCAACCUAUAGGAUGGAAUGUGCCGAAAUCACAAGGAUCCCCGGCUUCAGGAACCAAUGUACACACUCCAAUAACAGCCACUAAUACUCAGGGUGUGCAGAGCUCUUAUCCUGGUGCCACUUAUAAUUCUCCUGGCGCGAUUCCUGCAGGCGCAACAUAUCAUUCACCUGGCUCAGUUCCAGCUGGCGCAACGUACUAUUCACCCGGAUCUGUGCCUGCCGGCGCAACGUACCACUCGCCUGGAGCACUGCCUGCUGGCGCAACAUACCACUCGCCUGGUGCACUGCCUGCUGGCGCAACAUACCAUUCACCUGGUUCAUACCCUGUAGGAGGAAACCCAUAUUCAUCGCCUGGACAUAUGCCAGCAAAUGGCGGUUAUUAUCCGGCUGGAGGCAGUCAAUAUCCCUCGGCUGGUGUACCAGCUGGUGCCACUUACGUAGCUCCUGGUGCUGCACUUCCUCCAGGCGCUGUGCUUUACUCAUCACCACCGCAACAAACUUCGUCAGGAUUAGGAUUUGGUUCUGGUUUGGCUGCUGGUGCCAUUGGAGGCGCAAUUCUUGGUCACGUGCUUACGCCAACUCAUACCCGUGUGGAAUCAGCACCAGCUGCAUCCGCUGGACAACCAGGUAGCGCUGAUGAUAAAAUCAUCAUUAUUAAUAACGGUCCACCAGGUUCAGUAACUACGACAAAUGCUGCCGGUGCUACGGUCAUCACAACUGGUGUCGUUGGCGAAAACGCCACACAACCCAUGCCAGCGCCAGCACCGGCCGCUGCACCAGCUGAUCCGGCAAUACCAAACGUACCGCUUGCCCCCAUAGGUGAUAAUAACGCAGCACAACCAACACCAGCGCCAGGUGCUGCACCCGCAGGAAGUGCUGCUGCCGCCGCUCCACAACCAGCCCCCGAACAACCCCCACCAGGCGGCAUAAUUUGUGUACCAGUGCGCGUUAAUGAAACCGAUGCAGCAGAUAGUAGCAAGAUGACUGAAGUAGAAAAAAUUGCUUGCUACCCAGCCCCCCCACCGCCACCACCAGCACCAGUAAAUGGUGCUGAAAUGAAUGGUACUGCGCCAGUUAUGCCACCAGCUAGCGAAGGAAGUGCACCGUUGGCGCCAAUGAGCCCAGUCACCGCAGCUUCACAGCAAUUGCAAGCAAAUCCAACCCAAGCACCCUUGUUGCCGGACAAUGCUUCGGUAAAAACAAGCGGUGCUGGGGCAUGGCUCAAUUACGCCGCCUGUAAUUCUAUGACAACUGUGCUAUUGCCAUUAUUUGUUGCUUUUUUUGGACUGCAUUAAGUAGUGAAACCAUAUAAGGCAAAAAAGCAGACGAAAUGAAAAGACAGUAAAGUAGUGAGUUAAAAAUAGUAGGAAAAAAUCGAUAUGCCUAAAGGGCUACAAGCUUAGUAAAUUGAUGCAACAACAAAUCGAAACAAAUGUUAUGAAAUUCGUAUACCUCUUUUUGUAACAAAUAUUUUCUUACCUUUGCAUAAUGCUUCGAAUCGGAAGAAUCUCAGCAUAUUUUACAAUGCUUCGUUUUUAAUAACACGUUUUUUUAUUAAGAAUUAUUAAAAUUUCUCAAAUAUACUUAUGUAUGUCGUAAAGUAUUACAAGCAAUACAUGCUUUAAAUGUUAAAAAGUAUUGUUAAUACACAUAUCCAUCACAUGUACUGAACAAAUUGGCCGAACAAUACAAACAUACAAAUAUUGGUAUGUAAGUCAUUAACCUGUGAAAUUACACAUCUAACCUUUGUGAUCUUAAAAUAUACGUCGAAUAAUAAUUGCGGUUUUGCGCGUCUCUUUGUAACAUAUUAUUCUCCAUUUGAAACAAAUAUUCCAACUCGAAACUCGCGCCUUUGUAAUUUAAAUUAGGGAAUUUUUAAUGCAGACAACAAAAAGUAAAUAACAUUUGCAGCUCAAAAUAUUUUAUAACAAAUGUCUUCUUAUAAAUGCAGUUAAAUCAGUAAAUAUCUUUUGUCUUCAUAAGCCAUAAAAAAGUGUUUAAAGUAAAUAUAAAUCCGUGUUAAAAACGUAAUUCCAAUAGUCACAUUUCAAUAAACCAGUAGUAAAUAUAUGUAUGUAUAUAUUCAUAGAUAUUUGCUAAUUGUAUUGUGCACCUAACAAAUUAAAAAUAUUUAAUGCAAUAAAAUUAGCUUGCAAGCACCCCACACUAACCGCAAAAA